AUGUGGUUAAUACUACUAUUUAUUUGUUUAACAUUUGUUGCAAAAAGUAUUUUUGGCCAAAAUCAAAUUAGCCAAGCAUCAAGUCAUUUCCUUGAAAAUUGUGACCAGGCACCAACAUUAGCAAUUCGUACGACAUGUUUAAAUCUUCAAAGAAUAGCAAAUAAUUCACGGAAGAAUUUCGAACAACAAGCUCAAGUUAUCAUUCAUCCACCUGGUAUUCCGGAACAUUUGAGACCUGGUAUUGUAAUGCCAGGUUCAAGAGGUCAAGUUGCAAGUAAUCCAUAUGAUUGCAUGACACUUACCUGUCUCUGUCCAUAUUUCGCGGGUGGCAUCGAUCCACAAAAUCAAUGUGUACUACGAAAUGGUCAAAUUAUUACAAUGGCAUACCGGAAGGAAUACCGGAUGUUAACCGAAGAUGAGCGAUUACGGUAUCAUAAUGCACUUAAUGUGUUGAAACAAAGAGGAGAAUAUGAUCGGAUUAGCAUGGAACAUCAAUCAGUUGGAGGAAGAGGUGGUGCACAUUCCGGACCCGGUUUCUUACCAUGGCACCGUGAAUAUAUCAAAAGAUUUGAAAUUGCACUUCGACUUAUUGAUCCAACAGUUUCUGUACCGUAUUGGGAUUCCGUUUUGGAUAGUUAUUUGCCGAAUCCGAGUGAUUCUAUUUUUUUUAGUCCACUUUUCAUGGGUGAAACUGAUUUCUUCGGUAAUGUCAUCAAUGGCCCAUUUGCAUAUUGGAAUACACUUGAUGGACGAAGUACCAUAAUAAGAAAUCUUGGCCAAGAAGGACAACUUUUCACAGAAUUAAGCAUACAACAAGUAAUGCAACAAAAUAGAAUUGAAAAUAUUCUCUCAUAUACUGCACCAAUGCAAGGAUGUCCAUAUCCGGUAAAUUAUGGUGCAUUAGAAUAUUCGCAUUCUAAUGUUCAUCUCUGGAUAGGUGGUCAUAUGAAACCACCGGAACAAUCAUCUAAUGAUCCGAUAUUUUUCUCUCAUCAUGCAUUUGUUGAUUUCAUCUGGGAAUUAUGGCGACAAAAUGUUCAACCAAUGUGGUCUCGAGAAUUGGAAUAUCCACCAGAUAUAGCAGCAUGCGCUGAUCCACAACAUUUCAGUUAUGCAUUAAUGCGACCAUUUUUCACACUUUUCAAUCGAGAUGGUUUAUCGAAUAUGUACACCGAUCAAAUGUAUCGUUUUGCACCACGUCCUGGUUGCACCGCUGAAAUUCCAACUUGUGGUACACCGUAUCUCUUCUGUGAUACUCGUGGCAUUGCUCAUUGUGUUGCUAAAAUUAAGCUAAAUGGUUUAUGUGUUGGUUUCGAAGGUUUUGAUGCUUGCUUUAAUGGUAUUUGUCAUAUGGGACGGUGUGUUUAUGGUCCAACACCAGCGCCAUUUGUGCCACAAACAAGUCUUUCACAAGUGCAACAGACAGAAAUUUCACAAACACAAAUUCGGCAACGAUUUGUUGAUUGCUUCAAUCGACAUCCAUGCUGUGAAGCUUGGGCUAAUUUAGAUGAAUGCAGAAGAAAUCGUAAUUACAUGCAGCAAUAUUGUCGUGCUGCAUGUCACAUUUGCAAUUCUACAUUUAAUACUACCAAUGAUGUAGUGAUCGUCAUAUUGCCUGCAGGCAAUGGAGUAUUGAUGGUCAAUGUCGAGGUGAUUCGGAUCAAUUUAUGGAAGAAAACUGUCGUCAAUCAUGUCACUUUUGUAACACACCAAAAAAUACCUCAUGUCCAAUUCCAAUACCGGUUAUUAUUAAUUUCUAAAAACAAAAACAAAAACAGAGUUUAUUAUAUUUAA